GCGCGCGAAAUAGUGGCCGUUUCCCCUGCUCUACAAGCCUGAUCGUGUGGUGAAGAAAGGAGGAAGCAUCGAAAAUAGAUCUAGGCAAAAUGCCUGAAGACGAUGAUGGCAAACAUGACUUUGAGCUGGAUUCGUAUCAGCUCUACAGCCGAUACGAGGAUGCUCCGCACAAGGGGGAUUGGAGAAAAACCGCCCUUCGAGGACCUACCCUCCCUACUGUAGGAAAUGCAGUAGCCGGUGCUGUUGGGGCCGCAGUGUCAAACCUCGCUACUUACCCCUUGAGUCUGAUUAUCACACGACUACAAACACAGAAACAAAGGAGGCAGAAACCUGGGGGUGGAAAGUCUGCAGCUGAUGAAGGAGAUAUAGAGGAGGAAUACAAAAGCCUUUUAGACGCGGCUCGCAAAAUAUGCGCGCGAGGAGGAAUCAGUGCUCUCUAUGCCGGCCUUGCACAGGACACAGCCAAAACCAUGCUAGACUCGUUCCUUUUCUUUUUAGCCUACGAGCUUUUUCGACGACGACGAAUUGCGGCUCGAUACGGUUCGAAGCGUCGAUCCAAGCAUGUUGUCCUGCCCAUCUUGGAUGAACUAGCUGUUGGUGUUUUGGCGGGGGCCUUCGCUAAGCUCUUCACAACGCCACUUGCAAAUAUAGUGGCCAGAAAGCAAGCAUCUCAGGCUUCAGUCCGUACUCAAGAAAUCGCCGCGAAGAUUCGAGCCGAGAAAGGCAUUCGCGGAUUUUGGUCUGGGUACUCUGCUUCACUCAUCCUUACCCUGAACCCGUCGAUUACAUUUUUCCUUAAUGAGGUUCUCCGAUACGCGAUUUUCCGUCGUAAUAAGCGCCGCAAGCCAUCUGCACUAGCCACAUUCUUACUGGCAGCCAUCAGCAAGUCAACGGCGUCGUCGAUAACCUACCCAUUUUCUAUGGCAAAGACUCGCUCACAGGUCUCUGAUGCAGGACCCGGUCCUGGAGAUCAGCGAGGGAAAUCCGAAUACGGCGACGAUUCGGACGAAAUUUUCCUAAUGCCGUCGAUAAUCUCGAAUGUUCUUAAUAUUGCGCGGGCAGAGGGAGUCUCUGCCCUGUAUGCGGGCCUUCCGGGAGAAGUCCUCAAGGGAUUCUUCUCCCAUGGAUUUACCAUGCUCGUGAAGGAUGCGGUGUAUGCUGGGAUCGUACGGGGCUACUACCUUUUGCUCAUUGUUGCCCGGCGCUAUCCGAGUCCGGAGGAGCUACUUGAACGAGCUCGCGAGCAGGCUGAAGAAUAUGCGGAGGCUGCUCGUGACGGCGCCAAGGGCCUCGUGGAGAAGGCGAGGAGUGGUGCAGAAGAUGUGUUGGAUGCACACACAGGUAAUGUUGCAGUUGACAUGACUUCGAAUACGAGUCCGAUUGACAUGGACGGCUUGGCCUCCAAUGAGACCGCAGAGUUGGUAGGAGAUUAUGUUGAGGAUGAGGCAAGAGAGUGGAGGAGUCUGUACCACUGCUUCUCCAUGUCGACGGAGAAGCGCUCCGGCCCGGGCCUGGGGGACCUGGAGAAAGAACUGACGUGCUCGAUCUGCACAGACUUGCUCUACCAACCCCUCACUCUUCUCGAUUGUCUUCAUACUUUCUGCGGUUCCUGCUUGAAGGAAUGGUUCUACACUCAGGCAUCCCGUCGAUCAUCAUCGUCGUCUUCCUCCCCUCGAUAUACUUGCCCCUCAUGCCGUGCGAACGUCCGCGAAACCCGGCCCAAUGCUACAGUGACCACACUGCUGGACAUGGUAUUGGCGGCCAGCCCUGAUCAGGCCAAGCCGGAUGCAGAAAAGGCGGAGAUUGAGCAACGAUACAAACAUGGAGAGUCGGUUUUCCCCCCGGUAACUUCUCCAGGAAAUAGCUCUACAGAGUCGGAUGGUGAAGAUGAUCGAAGGUUACUAGAGGAGGUGCGUCAGCUGAGUUUACAAGAAAGUCGGGCUCGCACGAGGACGGCUCGCAGGACGGAACAGCCAUUGCGCAUUCGUCGGGCAGAUAAUCCGGACUCUGAUGGAACAAGGGAGGAUGGACGCUCUCGACGACGGCGGGAAGAGGAACGUGAAGCACGGCGACAACGAGCUGCUCGUCAAACCCCGGUUGCACCUCCCCAGGAUUCAGCAGAGCGCACGAGACGGGUCGAACAUCAGUCGAGUUUGCGGUCCUUGUUGAGCUUAUCAGACACGGAAAGUAUCGAAGCGGAAAUUCUGCGACAAAUCUUUGAAGAAGGUCUUCUGGACGACAUUGAUAUGGAAAAUCUUGGGCCAGGGCAGGAAGAGGAGCUUAGCGAGCGUAUCGCUGAGGCAUAUCGACGGAAGCAUUUGUUACGUUCACGCUUUCAGCAUCAACAGGAGAACCCCGAGCCAUCACAGCCACAAAUACCUACUCGAAUGCGAUUGCAGUCCCAGCAAAGACCACAAAUAACGCCAACGACUCAAGCAUCCCCUAGAAAUACGUCCGCACCAAGACCCCACCAGAGACGUCUCUCAGAACAGGGAGGCAACCGUCGUCGCCAGACUUCCCCAGUGCUUACCAACCCCGCGUCAUCGUCGGACAUCACACUGGGGCCCGCCGCAAGGUCGUCGAGCGAUAUUAUGUCGGACCGUUCGCGCAGUUCUCACACACGAUCCCAAACCAUUGAUACCUCGACCCGACGGACACGACGAGCAGCUUCAGCGGGUCAGAGCAUCCCAAACAUUACGAUUGAAGGUGUGAAUAAUACUAGUGCAUCUAACCACACUGGAACUAGAUCUUCGAUCGACUUACCAAGGACUGCCACUCCUAGUUCUAUUCGGCCGCGAAAUGGUAUAUCGGAUUUGUCUACGACCAGUUCUCUAGUAGCCCAGGAGCCACGUUCUCGGCCGUCAUCCUCAUCGUCUCGCUCCAAUGCGUUGACGCAACCUGUUAACUUCUACCCUGAACCAUCUAUAUCCUGUGACCGCUGUGGAAAGUUAAAUAUCCAGUAUGACUUUCAUAAGAAGUGCUCGCAAUGUAACGAUGGGAAAUACCACCUGUGUUUGAGAUGCUACCGACUGGGACGCGGCUCCUCAGCAGAGGCUGAUUUCGAGCGUAUGCGGGCAUCAUCGAGUGGUCAACCCAGUCAGCCUCGAGAAUCCCAACAUAUUUUGCAAUCUUUCAAAUACUCUCGGCCCCCCGCAUCGGCACGCCGCUUUGUAAGAGAUGGGAAAGAGGGGCUCUUCUGCGACCGCUGUCAGUCUCCCGCUAACGACUGCUUUUGGAAAUACUGGGGGAAGUGUUGCACCCAUCCACUUCUCCCCAUCCGCCGUUUAGCACCCGGUAGUCGUGCACCUCCCGACCGUAACAACAAUGAUAAUAAUUCCGAAUCUUUCAAGAUCUUAUCGUUCUCGACCAAAUGUGAUACCUGCGCAUGCCCAAUUCCCGCAUCCUCCCUUCGCUUCCACUGCCUUCGAUGCAACGACGGUGACUACGACAACUGCUCCAACUGCUACCUCAAGCACGUGGCAACAUCUAAAAUCCGCAAAGAAGAUGGCCACAACGGCUGGCGCCGCUGUCUAAAGGGCCACAGAAUGGUGGUAAUUGGAUUCGAAGACCACCCUGAGGGUCAACGCCGAGUCAUUGUCCACAAUCUCGUUGGCGGACACGCUCUAAAAGAUAACCAUCUCCCACCAGCCGUAACAACAGCCCAACCAACGUCAAAUCCAGGUGGACUAUCAUCACCAGAAGCCGGAGUCGGCGACUGGAGCUGGAAGGAAGGCUCCGAGAGACGAAAGAAAGCAUCGCGAAUACGAUCCUCGUGGAACUCUAAGCGAGAGCAAGAACGCGAGCGAGGAGGGUCCAAUCUAGACCCUAAUACCCCGCCACCCUUGAGCCCAGCCCAGACUUCCAGCUCUACAUCUACUACCGCUGGUGCUGGUGCUGCUACUAUUACUACUGCUGCUGCUGCUGCUGCUGCUUUUCGUUUCCCCCCAGACGGUGGUAUCGGUCUGAUCGUACACGCAAUGUGGUCCUAUUACCCGGAAGAUGGAGUGAAAGAUGAGCUGAUGUUUCCUCGCGGCGCUGAAAUUACUGAAGUGGAGAAUAUCAAUGAUGAUUGGUACUGGGGUUGUUAUGCAGGGAUGACUGGGCUAUUUCCCGGGUCGCAUGUUGAGGUUGUGGGGGAGAUUGUUUAGUAUUCUUAUAUUCUCCCCUUUGUUUCUGUCUAUUUCUUGUUUCUAAUUCUAUGUAUGGGUGCAUGAAUUCCCUUAUGGGAAUUGCCUUUCCUUUUCUUUCCUUUUGCCUUUGGAAGGGGGGUGGGGGGGGGGGUUGAAUCUUUCUGCAAUGAUCAUGACGACAACAACAACAACGCCCAUGACUACAACUAUGACUAUGACCAUGGCUAUAACUGCAUUUAUAGCUAAAGACCUUCCUAUACUUCCUAUGUAUCUGCACAUGAUGAUGAUUUAGCAUGAAUACCAUAAUGACUGAUUAAUGUUGUUGUUUGAUAUGGCUGGCGGAUUCAAUGGAUCUAAUAGAAAUAUUCUCCAGAAAGC